UAAAUUGUUGAUCGAUAAAAAUAAAUGCUUGCAAAUGGUUCUCUCUAAUAAAUGGUUAAUGGUUCUUUUCUGGUUAAAUUAAUAAAACCCAAGCCUAUUUGGUAAAUUAUAUUAAUUGAGUAUGUCAGGCAGGGGAAAUUUGCUAGGUUUAUUCAAUCAAGAGACUCGCACUUCGGAAAUUUCGUCUUCAGGUGAUGAUCAUGAAAUCGACAGUGGUUUGGAUGUGGACCAUUCUGGUUCCAGUGGAGGAUCUCUUCGAUUAGAAAAAUGUAUUGGAACUGAUCUUCUAACCACUCUGCAGCACAUAAACAUAUCAAUCGGUCGAGGACGUGCACAGCUUUUACAUACGUUAAAAAAAGAACAAAGCACAUUAAGAGAAAUCAAUUCUAAUAAAUAUAUAUUACAUUCAAAAGAUAGUUUUACCGAAAAUUCAAAGUCACCGCCAUCGGAACCAUCUACUUCAAAAAAUGACUUAUUUUAUCCCAAUGCAGUCCAUGGAUCAAAAGGUUCCUCUGUAAAUUUAUCUUGUAAUUACUUAGAACUUUCGACGGAUCAAUCAAAAGGAAUCUUCCAUUACGAAGUGCGGUUUCUUCCUCCCGUUGAUUCGGUUCAUUUAAGAAUGAAAUAUUUAAACGAUCAUAAAGACAAACUCGGAGGAACCAAAACAUUUGACGGUAUUACCUUAUAUUUACCAAUCUUGUUAGAAAAUCAGCUGACAGUUUUUGUUUCCAAAGUGAAAGAUAUGGAGUUGCAGAUUCGUAUUUUGUUCAAAAAAAAGGAGUCUCUUAAGAAUUGCAUUCAUUUAUAUAAUGUUUUGUUUGAUCGAGUCAUGAAAACAUUAAAUUAUGUAAGAUUUGAGCGCAAACAGUUUGAUCCGUCGCGUCCGAAAAUUAUACCAUUGGCAAAGCUAGAAGUUUGGCCAGGCUAUGUAACAGCUGUUGAUGAAUACGAAGGUGGUUUAAUGCUUUGUUGCGACGUUUCUCAUCGUAUACUUUGUCAAAAAACCGUUUUAGAUAUGCUUGUUGAUAUAUACCAGCAAAACGUAGACAAUUAUCAAGAUACCGUCAAAAAGACAUUGGUUGGAAAUAUAGUUCUAACAAGAUAUAACAAUCGUACCUAUAAAAUAAAUGAGAUUUGCUUCGAUCAAAGUCCGAAGUCCGAGUUUCAAGCGAGAACUGGAUCCACAAGUUAUCUGGAAUAUUACAAACAAUACCACAAUAUCAACAUUAAAGAUAUAAAUCAACCACUGCUUCUUAGUAUAAAAAAAACAAGAUCGAACCCUGACUUUAACGAAAAUGUACAAUUCUGUUUAAUUCCUGAAUUGUGUUAUCUUACUGGACUCCGAGAUGAAAUUAGAUCAGAUAACAAACUUAUGCGUGAGAUCGCUACAUUUACAAGAGUUUCUCCAAAUCAACGACAGCUGUCGUUAAAUAAAUUCUACGACAAUGUUUCGAAAACUCCAGCGGCUCAAGAUAUUCUGAACAGUUGGGGUCUUUCACUUGGCAAAAAUUUCAACAAGCUUAAAGGACGUCAAAUGGACACGGAACAAAUUUAUUUUUCAAAAACGACAGUGUCAGCCGGAAAAAAUGCAGAGUUUUCCAAGUUUGCUGUAAGCAAUGAAAUGUUGCAGGUUGUUAACCUGAAUAACUGGGUAAUAAUACAUUUGAGAAUUGAUAUACGGGCUGCAACGAAUCUACUUGAUCAUAUGAAACAAUGUUGUAAGUCUCUGGGCAUGAAAGUUUCUAAACCAACAAUGAUUUCUUUAGACCGUGAUCGAAUCGAUGCGUAUAUUCAAGCAUUGCGACGAAAUAUAGCUAUGGAUGCACAAAUAGUCGUCUGUAUUUGUCAUAACAGUAGAGAAGAUCGAUAUUCUGCAAUAAAAAAAAUUUGUUGCUCGGAAUUACCAAUACCAUCACAGGUUGUAAAUGCGAAGACCUUAUUAAAUGACCAAAAAAAUCGGUCUGUUGUACAAAAAAUUGUGUUACAAAUGAAUUGUAAAAUUGGAGGCUCUUUGUGGACUGUUAAAAUACCGUUUAAAAAUGUAAUGGUUUGCGGAAUCGACUCCUAUCAUGACCCAUCCAAUCGAGGAAACUCUGUUGCUGCAUUUGUGGCAUCUAUGAAUUCGUCAUACACGCAAUGGUUUAGUAAAGCUGUAUUUCAAACAAAAAGUGAAGAAAUCGUUAAUGGAUUAACCGCAUCUUUUGAAAUUGCACUACAAAUAUAUCUCAAAAGAAAUGGCUAUCUACCCGAAAAUGUUAUUAUAUACAGAGAUGGAAUCGGAGAUGGUCAGCUGAUUACUUGCUCGAAAUACGAAAUUCCACAAUUUGAAAUGGUUUGUGGAGAUCGGAUCAAAAUUUCAUUUAUUGUAGUCCAAAAACGGAUCAAUACUCGUUUUUUUAAGGGAGGUGACAACCAAUUUGAGAAUCCAUUGCCUGGAACUAUCGUUGACCAACAUAUAACCAGAUUGAAAAUGUACGAUUUUUUUUUGGUUUCACAAUUGGUACGACAGGGCACCGUAACUCCUUCUCAUUUUGUUGUUUUAAGAGAUGACGCCCAACAUGGACCGGAUAUCAUUCAAAAGUUAACUUAUAAACUUUGUUUUUUAUAUUACAACUGGGCUGGUACUGUACGAAUUCCAGCUUGUUGUAUGUAUGCUCAUAAAUUGGCUUAUUUGAUUGGACAAAGUAUUCAACGAGAUGUGGCAGAAACGCUUUUGGAAAAACUUUUCUACCUUUAAACUUUUAAAAGAUUUAUGUUCAUGAUAUCAACUUGGAGCGAAAUUAAAAUUUAUAUAGCAUA